AUAUUACAACCGUUAAAGAAUUCUGCGAAGAAAAUUAAAGAAAAGAGAAAAAGUUUUUAGUUGGUAGUUAGCGGAGAAAAUUUUUGAAGAAGAUUUACUGACCAUGGAAACUGGUUAACUAAACAUCCAAUUCUACUAAUCGACUAUCAUAAAUCAUCACCAAUUUGAUCGAUUUCUCCUGUAGUUUCAAAAGGGCUCGUGAAUGGCCACCAAGACAGAGAACAAUUCAACUUCUAAUCCUAUAGUUUUCUCUCAAUCUUCAGGAAAAAUUCAUCCAUCCAAUGAUUCUGAAGCCGAUCCAAACUCUUAUAUACUUGAGAGAAUAAAGCUUUAUGAAACUCGAGCGAGGUUCUAUCUUAUUGGGAGUGACCGGAACAAGCGAUUCUUUCGGGUGCUGAAGAUUGAUCGAUGUGAGCCUUCAGAACUGAACAUCAGUGAAGAUCCAGUGGUGUAUUCACGACAAGAAGUGAAGAACUUAUUGCAGAGGAUUGCUGAGGGUAACCGGGCAACUGGAGGGUUAAAUUUUGUUGCUAAAGUUUAUGGUGUUGCGGGUUGUAUCAAGUUUUUGGAGUCUUAUUAUUUAAUUGUGAUCACCAAGAGACGGCAGAUUGGGUGUAUAUGUGGGCAUGCUAUCUACGCUAUUGAUGAAAGUCAAAUGAUUACAAUCCCUCAUGCAUCUGUUCAGACUGAUACUGCAUAUUCUAAGACCGAGAUGAGGUACAAAAAGCUUUUGUCUAGUGUCGACUUGACUAAGGAUUUCUUUUAUAGCUACACAUAUCCUAUUAUGCAAAGCUUGCAAAGUAAUGUGCAGUCCAACGAUUCAGUUGGAAUUCAUUAUGAUAGCAGAUUUGUGUGGAAUAUGUAUCUUACUGAACCUGUUCGUACAAGAUGCAAAAAUAAUAUUUGGACGGUUGCAUUGGUUCAUGGGUACUUUAAGCAAAUGAGGAUGUCAAUUUUUGGACGUGAUUUUAGUGUUGCCUUGGUGUCUAGAAGGUCUCGUCAUUUUGCUGGAACUAGGUACUUGAAAAGGGGAGUUAAUGAUAGAGGAAGAGUAGCUAAUGAUGUUGAAACAGAGCAAAUUGUGCUUGAUGAAGAUGCUGGUUCCUGCAAGGGGAAAAUGAGUUCUGUUGUGCAGAUGCGUGGUUCAAUUCCUCUUUUUUGGUCGCAAGAGGCUUCAAGAUUCAGUCCAAAGCCAGAUAUAAUUUUGCAGAGAUAUGAUCCUACCUAUGAGGCAACCAAAUUGCAUUUUGAAGACCUGUUUGAGAGAUAUGGCAGUCCAAUAAUUGUGUUUAACUUAAUAAAGACUGUUGAGAAAAGGCCCAGGGAAAUGAUGCUCAGACGUGAGUUUACGAAUGCAGUUAUGUAUCUAAAUGAAAUUUUUUCUGAAGAAAAACAGCUUGUAUUUGUUCACUGGGACUUCCAUAAAUUUGCAAAGACGAGAAGUGCCAAUGUUUUGGCAGUUCUAGCUCGUGUAGCUAGUCGAGUACUUGAUAGGACUGGGUUUUACUACAGUGGAAAACCACCUGUUGUGAAAAAGAGAGCUACCCAGUUAAAUAGAACAAGCACUCUCAGCACCAGGGAUCCUUCUUUGAGUGAUCUUAGAGCCAACUUAGUAGCUCUUGCAAGAAGUGCAAGCACGAACGAAAUGCUUAACACGCAGAAUAGGGAGCAAGAUUCUGAUCCUGGCAAGCAUGCAAGGAAAGAAUAUUUUAGUAGUCACAAACCACAUUUUCAAAGUGGAGUUUUGCGGACCAACUGCAUUGAUUGUUUAGAUCGCACAAAUGUUGCCCAAUAUGCUUAUGGCCUAGAAGCAUUGGGUCGUCAGCUCCAUGCAAUGCAAAUGUCAGUUAAGCCUAAAUUAGAUCCCGAUAGUAGCAUUGCUACUGUCUUGAUGGAAAUGUACUGGAACAUGGGUGAUGUUCUUGCACAACAAUAUGGUGGUUCUGCUGCUCACAAUACAGUAUUUCCAGAUAAGCAGGGGAAAUGGAAAGCAACAACUCAAUCGCGGGAGUUCCUUAAGUCUAUUAAGAGAUAUUACAGCAAUACUUACACCGAUGGAGAAAAGCAGGAUGCAAUAAAUUUAUUUUUGGGUUACUUUAGACCAAAAGAAGGAAAACCUGCUCUGUGGGAGCUGGAUUCUGAUUAUUAUCUUCAUCUUGUUGGGGUUGGUGAUGAUGCCCUUUCAGAUAAAGGUACAUUCUCAACAGAAGCCAAUCCUCAAGGAGUAAAAGUUUCUCUGGAACCUGUGCCUGCUUGUAAAGAAGACUUCUCAAGGAUGAAGCUGACUUCUUUUGAUAAAUUCAUUGAGAAGACAUGCAGCUAUAUAAAGGAUGUGAGGCUCUGUGGUGAACCAGGUCAAAAACCUGCAGGCAGUGCAGGACCUUCUGGAGUGCCACUGGCACCUGAUGCAGCUAAGAUACAACUCAGCAGUCCAAACUGGCUUUAUGGCUUGACAAAAGAAGAAGAAGAAGAAGAACGAGAAGAAUUUGCCCAAAAGGUGGACUCAGACGCUAACACAAAUGGUGCUGCCCAAGAUGACAGCAUGUCUAAUGGUUCCUGUGACUUUAAUUGGCUUUCUCAAGAGGUUGAUUGCAAUGAAGAAGAUAUUUUCCAAAGGUAUCUUGCUAUGUCAUCAGUGGAUGAAGGCAACGGCUGGUGUGGUGGUACUUUGCUUGGUGAUCUUGAUGAAAACAGCGAUACAUAUAAGCACUAUGCCCAGCUCUGUGAGGGUCCUGGCAUGGAACUCUUUGAAAAUGAUCUAGAGAAAGAGCAGCACUAUGCUGAUGUCCUACACGGAAGCAAGAUUGAGAAUGUCGAUGAAGUUUCCAUUGAAGCUGAAAUGGAGGCCGCCAUAAAAGAAUAUGAUCAAGUUGCGGAUGAUCUUGGCAUUUCCAUUAUGUGUAAAUCCGUUGCAGGAGAUCCUAGCCAAUUAACAAGAUGGAUUAUUGGAGAAGAAAAAUUAUACUGAAUUUGUAUCAAGUGUGCAUCAGUUUUUACUUUUUAGUGGCUAUAAGUUCUUUUGUUCCGUUUUCAUGUCUUGUAAAUAUCGGAAUGUUUUGCUUUCUUUCUUCUCUUUGAAUUCGGGUUUUCGAUCUGAUAUAACACGCUAGAGAAUUCCUUGCUUCAGUGA